GGACAAAGCUUACAAUUCUUGCAUGCAGAAUUAAUAUUCACUUCACAGAAAAAUGGAGAACAAUACCGCUACCAAAACACUGUCUCCUUCACAGAUGGAGACUCUGAGUGCUUUAUGCAAUACCUUUCUGCCCGCCAUUAAUGAAGCUCUUCCAGAAACCACAGAUGCAUCUGUCACUAAUUUCUUCCAAACUUCAGCCGCCUCCACCGGAACUCCCCACCAGGUGGCGUGGGUUAUAAACCAGAGAAUGAAACAUCCUAAGCUGAAUUCAUUGCUGCUGCUGCUAUGGUUUCUGUCAACGAGGAUUGGAACAUUGUUACUGUGUGGAAAGGGAAGCUUGUCAACCCAGUUUCCCUUUUUGCUACGCUUCCCUGAGAUUUCUCAGAAGAAGAGAGAACGUAUAGUUCAUUCAUGGGCCACCAGCAGUCUGCAAUUCAUCAGAAAUUUUUUCACGGCCAUGAAAGCUUUGGUUCUCCUCGUAUUCUUCACUUCGGUUGAUGAUAAGGGGGAUAACCCAAGUUGGAAAGCAAUAGGGUAUUGUGGUCCCGACCCUUCCAUUUCUGAAAAACAAAAGAAACAGAAGCAUCACGAUCAUGAAGAUGAUAUCGAAGAAUUGCUGUUUGGACCUCUGUACAAAGGAAUCAUUGAUCUGAAUCUACCAGAAGAACAUGUCUUCAACAGGCUGACGAAACUAGGUUGUUCCGUCGCAAAACCGAAGCCCCCGGGGCCGUCUUUCGUCAUCGAGUGCGAUGCGGUGGUGGUCGGCUCCGGAUGCGGCGGCGGGGUUAUUUCCGGCGUUCUUGCCACCGCCGGCUAUAAAGUUCUCGUCUUGGAGAAAGGGAACUAUUAUGCGAGAACCAAUCUGUCGCUCCUUGAAGGGCCUUCUAUGGAUAAAAUGUUCUUAGGCGGGGGACUGUUAAUGACGAAGGAUUUGGAUAUGGUGCUCCUCGCCGGCUCCACCGUGGGCGGCGGCUCAGCCGUGAACUGGUCCGCUUCUAUCAAAACUCCGCCGUAUGUUCUCCGGGAAUGGUGCGAAGUCCACGGGCUUGAGUUAUUCGGAAGCGACGUUUACCAGAAGGCCAUGGACACUGUUUGUGGGAAAAUGGGAGUACAACGUGAAUGCGAGGACGAGAGUUUUCAAAACAUGGUUUUGAGAAAAGGUUGUCGGGAAUUAGGUUAUCCGGUCGUGAACAUCCCGCAAAACGCGCCGUCCGAUCACUACUGCGGGUGGUGCACCUUCGGCUGCAAAGACGGCCGGAAAAAAGGCACGGCGGAGACCUGGCUCGUCGACCUUGUCAAAUCCGGCAACGGCGCAAUCCUCCCGGAAUGCGAAGCUCUGCAAGUAAUCCACGAGAGAAACAAAGCUAAGGGAGUUAUGUUCACUUUCCAACGCGACGGAGUGAAGCAAACGGCUGUGAUCAAAUCGAAGGUGACAGUUAUCGCCGGCGGCGCCCUCACCACUCCGUCGUUGCUGAUAAACAGCGGCCUGAAAAACAAGAACAUCGGCCGCAACUUACACCUCCACCCUGUAGUGUUCGCGUGGGGGCAUUUUCCGGACACGCCGGGAGAGAACAAGAAGAGCUACGAAGGGGCGAUAAUGUCGGCGAUGUCUACCGUCGUCUUAAACGUUAACGGAACAGGGUACGGCGCGGUGAUACAGACGCCGGCGUUACACCCGGGUUUGUUCUCCGCCCUAAUGCCAUGGAAUUCCGGGCAAGAAUUCAAGAUGAGGAUGAGUAGAUACGCAAGAACCGCCCACAUCUUCGCGCUGGCGAGGGAUAAGGGCUCAGGGGAGGCGUUCUCGCCGACCUCAGUAACCUACGACCUUGACAAAACCGACGAGGAGAAUCUCCAGAGAGGGCUCGAGAAGCUGUUGAGGAUACUGGCGGCCGCCGGGGCCGAGGAGAUUGGAUGCAAUCACGGCACAGGACUAACCCUCAAGGUGAAGGAUGCGAGCAGGGAAGAGUUUGAGAGGUUUGUGAAGGAAGAGAGUUCACAGAGUCUAAGAAAACACCCGAAUCUGAAAGCUUCGGCGCACCAGAUGGGGAGCUGCAGAAUGGGAGUUGAUCCUAAGGCUUCAGUGGUGAACCCAAAGGGAGAGACAUGGGAGGUGGAAGGGCUGUUUGUUGGAGAUGGGAGUGUUCUUCCUACGGCUUUAGGGGUGAACCCAAUGGUCACCAUUAUGUCUGUUUCUUAUUGCAUUUCCCAGUCUGUACUUGAGUUUCUUAAGACUCAUGAUUAAACUAGCUAGCUUAAUCAUGCAAUGGCUCAUUGUCUUCUGAAUUUCGAUCUGUGUGGAUUGCUAGCUGCAAUAAAAUAUUUGUAAUUUGUAUUAUGAAU